CUUCUGGGUUUCCUUAAAGGACAUAACUUUUAUUGAAGAUUAUACAAGUCCCAGUGCUUUUAGCUAAAGAGCUACUGUUUUGAAUUUGUGGGGUUGAAAGAAUGAGUGCUUCAAAGUUCAUUAAAUGUGUUACUGUUGGGGAUGGAGCUGUAGGGAAGACCUGCAUGCUAAUUUGCUACACCAGCAACAAGUUUCCUACUGAUUAUAUACCCAUAGUGUUUGACAAUUUUAGUGCAAAUGUGGCUGUGGAUGGAAAUAUUGUCAAUUUGGGGCUAUGGGACACUGCAGGUCAGGAGGACUACAGUAGGUUUAGGCCACUAAGUUACAGAGGUGCAGAUAUAUUUGUGUUGGCUUUCUCUCUAAUUAGUAGAGCUAGCUAUGAGAAUGUUCUUAAGAAGUGGAUGCCAAAACUUCGCCGAUUUGCGCCUAAUGUUCCAAUUGUCCUUGUUGGGACAAAGCUUGAUCUUCGUGAGGACAUGCACUAUCUAGCUGAUCAUAUGGGAUCGAACAUCAUAACUUCUGCUCAGGGAGAGGAGUUAAGAAAGCAAAUAGGAGCCGCAGCUUAUAUUGAAUGCAGCUCUAAGACCCAACAGAAUGUCAAAGUGGUGUUUGACACUGCCAUCAAGGCUGUUCUUCAACCUCCAAGAAGGAAGGAUAUAGUUAAGCAGAAAAGGCACCGAAGGUCUGGUUGCUCAUUUGUGUAAGUAUUUCUUGCAUCCCUAUGAUGUUUUCUGUUGCUCCAAUGUCUUUUUCUCUAGGAUAAUAAACAUGACAAGUAUCCCCUCCAGACUGAUUUGUUUCAUCAACCAGGUAACAAAUUCAUGUGAGAACAUGGAAGAAAAAGUAAAAAUAACUUCAUUUACAAUAUCAAAUAUGCCAAAAGACCUCAUAGGACAAAAGUGGUUAGAAUCUGUAUCUUUCCUUCCAUUAAAUGCUUGCUUUUGUUAAAAAACAAAAUUCCAUUAAAUGCUUUGCUUGCUUCGGUUCAUUGCCGUAGUCUCUCCUGUGGUCCAAGGAACUAAUAUGAAAAGACAUGAAGAUACCAG